AUGGCAUUGUAUUUUGAUAAUCGAAUUCAAAAUCUAGUACCUUCUUCAAUUAAUAAUUAUGCUAUUUGGCACCCGAACUUUCCAUUAUUGGCUAUUGCUGGUUAUUCACAAAAUAAAGGUAUUUAUGUUACUAUCUACGAUGAUCACGGUCAAUUAAUUCACGAUUUAAAAUCUCAUGAAGUUUCAAUUUUUCAAAUUUCGUCAAUUAGUUGGCACCCAAAACUGAAAUUAUUAAUAAUUGGUAAAGAUAAUGGUAGCAUUCAAAUUUGGACUGAGGAUUUUGAACGGAAUGAGUUUACUGAAGUCGGAGCACCGCACAGAGAUUCUAUUACAUUAUUAGAAUGGAGUCAGAAUGGUGGCAGAUUAGUAUCUGCGGAUGCAGCAGGAUCUAUCGUUGGAUGGAGAGUAGAUAAUAAAGGUCAACUAUUGAUUAUAUUUCAUCAUGAACUACAGAAGUCGUUUACUCAUAUUACUUUCAAACCAAUAGUAUUUACACCGAAAAAUUUAAAUAACGAAAAAAUUAUUGCCGAUGAUAAUCGAUCAUUAAAUUUAUUUAACAAUUGGAGACCAAGAACAGCAGUUCAAAUUCCUCAGUUCCAAAAAGAUAACUAUGCUUUUUUUAUUGGAUCUUUAGAUGGAUUUAUUUAUUAUAUUGAUACAAAAGGCCAUUGCAAACAAGUAUUAAAUACAGGUGGAAUAACAUUAUGUGGUUUACUCCACCAUCAAUCAAGAGAUUCAAUCGUUGUAAUGACAGAAGGAUUUAACGUGAGCCAAUUUCAAAUUGAUUCUUUCACUGGAGAACUUACAGAAAUGAUAAAAGUCAAGUUGUCUGGUAAAAGUAAUGAUUUUAAAGUAAAAAAUACGUUAUGCUGGAUCGGAAACAAUACUCUAGCCAUUCUUACCGGGGAAUUGAGUUUAAGAUGUUGGAAUUUACAAAAUGGUAAUACGUAUGUUUUAUCUCCAACAAUGUUAACGUCUGAAAAUGUAUCUAACUUUCAAGAAGUUUAUAUUAGCUUUACUUUUUGUAAAAUUAAUCAAACUUUAGCAGCAGGAACUAAUUUAGGAACUAUUCAUUUUUGGAAACGAGAGUUUUUAACAUGUAACAAUGAAUAUGGCUGGCCUUUUACUCCAAAAUCUUGCACUGUUGAUGGUACAGUGAAACAAUUAACGUGGGGUGGUGCUUUUUUGAGAUAUCCUGUUUUUGCAGCUAAUUGUGUUGCUAACGUAUUUAUUUUUCAUGAACAACCUAUGUGCGCUGCUUACAAUGAAGAUAUUUGUGUCAGUCAAGUUUCACCGACUAAAUUAAUAAUAGAAAAAGAAAAUGAAUCUAGUAGUUUAAUUACCGAUAUUCAAGUACAGAUGUUAGCUAUAAAUAAAAUUUAUGUCGCCGUUUCUUCAGGAAAACAAGUAGUAACUUAUAGUAUUCAUAAAAGUGAGGUAUUACACACAUUAAUUGAACAAUCCUUUCAGUGUGAUGUUGAAAAAAUUCUUAUUUAUGAAUCUACAUUGAUUAUAUUGACUGCUUCUCUCAUUCAACUCAGAACAAUAAAAGGAAAUGUUGUUCAAAAUUUACCAAUAUUACCUGAAGAAGGUGAACCCAUUACAAUGGAAUUAACAGGACAAUACUUAACAGUUGCAUCGCUUAAUGGUAUAUUAAAGAUUUGGGACUUGAGUAAGCGUCUAGCAAAACUUCACACACGAACUCUUGCAGUGUAUGAUGUUAUAAAAGAUUUUGCCGAAAUUAUUGAAGCAAAAUGUAAUUCAGAUUGUCGAUGUGUAUCAAUUACUGUUGCUACAUCAAAUUUAUUACCUAGCUCGAUUUUAUAUAUAUGGGAUAUUGAGGGUGACCAAAUUUUUGAAUUUGACUAUGCCAAAUUAAGUGAAAAUCACCAAAACUAUUCAGAAGUUAUUUCAAAAUCACAGGGAAGAUUUGUGGUAACACAUUGUUGGGAUGUAAUAGAUCCCCGAGUACUUGUAUGUCAAACUCAAACAAUUCCAACUUAUAAUGUUCAAAAUUUUUGUAAUCCUAAACGAAUGUCAAAUGUUUUCAAAAAUGUUGUAUUAGUUUCAAUGUUUAUUACUCCUGAGCAUGGUAUAACAAUUCAUGAUUAUCGUUCUUUAGAGGAAUUUUAUUGUCGUCUUAUAGAAGUUAAAUCUCCUUAUAUUAUUGUUUUUGAUUCAGAAAAGGAAGGUCAUGGAAGUAAAUUAACCAAGUUAUUUAUGAGAGAGUUUGAAGAGUUAGGUUUUUGUGAUGAAACUAUUAAAAAAGCUAUUAUGGAUUUUAGUUUUCAUAUAAGCAUGGAUAAUACAGAUGAAGCAUUCAAAUCAAUUAAAACUAUUAAAAAUGAAGCUGUGUGGAGGAGUCUUGCUAAAAUUUGUGUAAAAACAAAACAAUUAAAUAUGGCUGUUCUUUGUUUAGGCCAUAUGAAAUGUGUAAGAGGUACAAAAGCUUUUAGACAAAGUAUUAUAAAUUCAAAUUUAAAUUUGGAAACAAGAAUCGCGAAUCUUGCUGUUGAAUUAGGACUUUAUGCUGAUGCUGAACGUUUAUUUCGUGAAGCUGGAAGGUUAGAUCUUCUUGGUAAUUUUUUGGAAACUUGUAACAGACAUUCUGAAGCUAUAACUCUAGCAGUAAAUGAAAAUAAAAUAAGUGAAAAAUUGAGUUACUAUAAUUAUGCAAAAAUGUUAGAACAACAAGGAAAUGUUGAAGAAGCAAUUAAAAUGUACACAAAAGUAAAUAGUGACAAAUUUGAAAUAUCGAAACUUUUAUUUAAUCAGCCUAAAGAACUUCAUAGUUAUCUUGCGGCUUCAAAUGACAAGUAA